UUAUGGAAUUUGGGAAGUCUGAAUUGUGAAUAUGUAAAGCUGAAAAGGAAAGUUAGUGGACUGACAAAUAUUGUAUUGGUUUAACAACACGUUAAUUUAUUCGAAACAAGUAAAACAAUCGCAAGUUGGACGAGAAAGUACGUAGAGUUGGAAAAGAAAACAAGUUGAAUGAAGUAUCAUAUAGACUCUACCGACAUGUUUACUUAAUAGGAAAGAAAGUUGGUAAAGCUAAAAUGAAACUGUUGUUGAAUGAAAAUACCGUUUUAUUGUUAAUGACAUGUUUACCUAUCGAGACAGCUGAAAUCACGAGUCAAAGAAGAAAUUAAAUACAAUUACAAAAGAAUGAGUUGAAUGAAACUACCGCAUUGUUGUUAAUGGCAUCCAAUCACAACUCCAUCUCUCUCUCUCUCAAUCACUCUGCACUCACUGCUUGUUCUUUCACUUCCUCCACUUCAUAUAAAAAAAAAAGAAACGAAACAAAGAUUAUUGCCUGCACUCCCCAACCACCACUGACCCUCCUCUUCCUGUAGUCGUGGAGGAAGAACUGAAUUGAGUGGCAAUAAAUUGAAGAGGAAUUGACAUGGGCAGACGUAGAAUUGAAUCCAGUUCAUUUUUCUUUCUCGUGAAGCCCGCACCCCAUCCUUCUGGUUCUUCUUCCACAUCCUCCAACUCUUUUCAGCUUCCCAUCUUUUGGGUAGAAAAAGUUGAUUCCGCAUGCAGGAUUUCUCCCGGAAUCCGAAUGCCAAACAUUGUUCGGAGUCAGAUUCCGGAAAAAUGGGAGUCUAAUCUCCAUAUUAUAUGGGUCCCACAUAUAUUUUUAUUAAACAUUUGAAUCACAUGGAAUAUUGAGUGCAAUUGUCGUUCAUCCUCUCGUUCCACUCUCGGCGUAAACACGCCAUUAAGUUCCCCCCUUUCCUCCCAUGCUUCCCACUCUUAUUAAAUAAAUAACCUUUUCUGCGUCCUCUUUCCAAUUUUAUAUCUUUCUGAUUAAACAAAUAUGGAAACAAAUACCACUGGAAAUUACCAUUUCUGCAGUUCUGAGGUUCUGUCUGACGUACUAUUCUACUGGGGGAGGUCAGGAAGGUCUAAACAGAGAGCCUUGGCUGAGAUUUUUUUUCACAUUAGAAAGAAAAAUAUGACAAUGGAUUGUAGUGGUGGAUUGCCAAAGCACCAUUACCUAGAAUCCAAGAAGAAGAAGCUCACUUGGAUCUUCGGGGUUAGUGCCUUGUGCGUAGUAUGUUACAUGUUAGGAGCUUGGCAAACCAUUUCUGCCCCUGUCAAUCAAUCUGAGCUGUACCAAAGGUUCAGUUGUGAUGAAACGUUAUCUCAAUCCGGGAACAAAACUUCCUCAUCUGUGUCAUCAUCAUCGCUUCAUUUGGACUUCGAAAGCCAUCAUCAAGCAGACAGCAACAAAACCGAGGCUGUCCAGAAGUUCCCACUGUGUGACAUGUCUUAUAUCGAGUACACUCCAUGCCAGGAUCCAACAAGAGGGGAUAAAUUUGAUAGGAACAUGUGGAAAAACAGAGAGAGGCAUUGCCCUACCAAAGAAGAACAACUUCUUUGCCUUAUUCCUGCUCCACCAAAGUAUAAGAUCCCUUUCAAGUGGCCUCAGAGUCGUGAUUUUGCUUGGUAUGACAACAUUCCCCGUAUAGAACUCAGCAUUGAGAAAGCUGGCCAGAAUUGGAUUCAAGUCGUGGGUGACAGGUUUAGAUUCCCCGGGGGAGGUACCAUGUUUCGGAAGGGAGCUGAUGCGUACAUAGAUGACAUUGACGCGCUCAUUCCUCUCACUAAGGGCAACAUCAGAACUGCAAUCGAUACUGGCUGUGGUGUAGCCAGUUGGGGUGCCUACCUGUUGAAGAGGGACAUCGUGACAAUGUCUUUUGCGCCAAGAGAUACGCAUGAAGCACAGGUCCAGUUUGCGUUGGAGCGCGGAGUUCCUGCUAUGAUUGGUGCCCUGGCUUCAAAGAGGCUUCCCUACCCUGCAAGGGCUUUCGAUAUGGCCCAUUGUUCCCGCUGCUUGAUCCCUUGGAUGAACUAUGAUGGUAUGUAUCUAAUUGAAGUGGACAGAGUUCUAAGGCCUGGUGGUUAUUGGAUUCUUUCCGGGCCGCCUAUUCACUGGAAAAAAAACUGGAGGGGAUGGAACAGAACUCGAGAGGAUUUGAAACAAGAGCAAGAUUCUAUUGAGUCUGUUGCAAAGCGCCUGUGCUGGAAGAAGGUGAUCGAGAAGAACGAUCUUGCAAUCUGGCAAAAACCUAUCAACCACGUCAAAUGCGUUAAGAGCAGGAAGGUGUAUAAAACACCACAUAUAUGCAAAUCAGACAAUCCAGAUAUGGCUUGGGAAAGAGACAUGGAGAGAUGCAUUACUCCUCUACAGGAGACCAGCAAUCCCAAUGACGUUGCUGGUGGGGCGUUGGAGAAAUGGCCGGAGCGUGCAUUUGCUGUCCCUCCUAGAAUCAGCAGUGGUUCAAUACCAGGAAUCACUGCUGAGAAACUCCGCGAGGAUAAUCAACUGUGGAAAGAAAGGGUGGAACAUUACAAGCGUAUCAUACCAAUUUCCAAUGGAAGGUAUAGGAAUGUGAUGGACAUGAAUGCUUACCUCGGUGGAUUUGCUGCAGCGUUGUCAAAAUAUCCGGUGUGGGUUAUGAACACAGUCCCUGCCAACUCAAACCAGGACACCCUUGGAGUGAUUUACGAACGGGGUUUCAUUGGAACAUACCAGGAUUGGUGCGGGGCAUUUUCAACUUAUCCCAGAACAUAUGAUCUAAUCCACGCUGGGGGAGUCUUCAGCAUAUAUCAGGACAGGUGUGACAUAACACUCAUUUUACUGGAGAUGGAUAGGAUACUGAGGCCGGAAGGAACGGUUGUGUUUAGGGAUACUGUAGAGAUCCUGGUGAAAAUAAAGGCGGUUACCGACGGAAUGAGGUGGAAGAGCCACAUUAGGGAUCAUGAAAGUGGACCUUUUAAUCCAGAGAAAAUUCUUCUUACUGAGAAAACUUACUGGACUGGUGAAGAAAAAAAAGAAAGGUAGUAGAGAUGUGGUAGUAUAUUCUCUUUUUUUUCUCCAUU